CUGGCUGGCUGGCUGUUGCUGCUGUAGCUAUUGCCGAGGGGAUGGCGGUUUUCGGCCACCUCCCUGUGCCGCUGCUAGCAAAGCGAUAGCUCCCACUUUAACUCCCCACCCCCCACACACACACACUGCCUGUGGCCGCACCUCUCCCCUCCCGCAUGCUGCCUUAACUCCCAUGGGCAGCCUUGCCCUCCCCUUCUGUCCUGUCAACGAAGAUGUGGCUCUCUCGCACGGCUGCUGCGUGACGUCUCUGGCAACACGACUUCCAGUUCUCGGAGGGAGCGGCCGCCAGCAGGAUGCUGUUCCCACCUUCUGCGCAGGAGUCUCCAAGCAGCCUCCCGGAUACCAACGACCUGUGCCUCGGACUGCAGUCCCUCAGCCUGCCAGGGUGGGACAGGCCGUGGAGCAACCAGGACUCAGAUGCUGCAACCCAGCCCAGCAAGCAGUCUGUCCUGAACAUGCUUAGCAAUCCUCUGGGGAAGCCCCCUUUGGGUUUCUUGCCUCUGGAUCCCAUCAGCUCGGAGCUGACAGACAAUCUUCCAACACCGACUCUGAGGAACACCCGUCUGGACGGCGGCCGUUCCCUCCUGUAUUCGCGCUCCAGUAGCCCCUCGGACUCUGACACCAGUGGAUUCAGCUCGGGGUCUGACCACCUUUCAGAGUUAAUCUCCAGCCUCCAUAUAUCCCCACCUCUGCCAUUCCUGCCAAUUAGUGGCAUGACCCGGGAUUCCCUCAAUGGGUCAGGAUCCCACCUCAACCAAGAUCAAGCGGCUUUACCGGCAGCCACUUCCAGCCCGGCCAGUGUGGCCAAGCAGUGGCCAAGAACGUCGAUGUGGCCUUCCUGGAGCUUGCCGGACUCCCCAGAAGAGCCGUUCAGCAUCGAAAGGGAAGCUCAGCUUCACAGGCAAGCCGCAGCUGUGAACGAUGCAACCUGCACGUGGAGUGGGCAGCUUCCACCCCGGAACUACAGUAAUCCCAUCUAUUCGUGUAAGGUGUUUCUAGGAGGUGUUCCCUGGGAUAUCACAGAAGGGGGUCUGAUCAGCACUUUCCGUGUGUUCGGCUCGCUGAGGGUGGAGUGGCCUGGUAAGGAUAGCAAGCACCCCCGCUGCCCUCCCAAAGGUAAUAUGCCUAAAGGGUACGUCUACCUGGUGUUUGAAUCGGAGAAAUCUGUUCUGGCUCUGCUGCAGAACUGCUCCCGGAACGUGAUGAGCCCCAACGGUCUGACGGAGUACUAUUUCAAGAUGUCCAGCCGCAGGAUGCGUUGCAAAGAGGUGCAGGUCAUUCCCUGGGUCCUGGAAGACAGCAACUUUGUGUGCAGCCCAACGCAGAGGCUUGAUCCCGGCAAAACUGUCUUUGUGGGAGCCCUUCAUGGCAUGCUGAACGCAGAGGCCUUAGCGGGGAUCCUCAACGACCUGUUUGGCGGCGUGAUGUACGCAGGGAUUGACACAGACAAGUACAAGUAUCCGAUUGGAUCCGGCCGGGUCACCUUCAACAAUCAGCACAGCUACCUGAAGGCAGUGAGCGCCGCUUUCGUGGAGAUCAAAACGACCAAGUUUACGAAAAAGGUUCAGAUCGAUCCGUAUCUGGAAGACGCCUUGUGUCAAGAGUGCAGGUCUCAGCCAGGUCCCUUCUUCUGCAGAGACCAAAUCUGCUUCAAGUACUUCUGUCGCCCCUGCUGGCACUGGAAACAUUCCAUGGAGAUCUUGCAUCACCACCGCCCACUGAUGCGCAACCAGAAGAACAGAGACUCCAGCUAGAGCAGCGUUUUUUCCGAGGGCGCCGAGAGCUGCUUGCAGUUGCUCUUCUGUUUACCUGCCGCAGGAAGACAGACCAGGCAUGCUUGCCGGUGCCAGGCCCCGAGCUGGGGGGGGGGAACCCGUCGGAAGGACUGAACGGGAGAUAUCUUGCCUUUCUCACGUUUGCACUGCUGGUCUUUUUAUUUGUUCCUGCACUAAUGCACAGUGAAUUUUCUUGUCGGGGGUUUGUUUGGGCUGUGUUUUUUUGUUUUUUUUUAGAGGGGUGGGCCCCUCCAACGAUUCUUCAGUUCCCAGACUUUUGGUUCCUUAAUUGCUGACCGGAAGCAUUACAAAGGGCCAUAUGUUAAAAGGGCAUUGAAUGCGGAUGCCUCUGUUUCUUAUUUAUCAAGGGCCCCUUUUUUUACAUUCCUCGCAAUACUGGUGGUAAUAAUGCAGGUCUCAUUGGCUCCGUUAUUUUGCAGUUGCCAUACAGUGCCUUCCCGUUCAUUUAAAACUCCCCCCAUCUGAACGGAAUAAACUGAAUGUUCAGCUGGUGUUUUUUACUGUAACAACAAAGGGGACUUUUUGCUCUUCACUUAAAACCAAAAUCAUAUUUCAUAUUUUACGCUCCAGGAUUUUUACCAGGUUCUUUUUACACUCUCUUGAAAUGGUUUUUAAGUCGUUUGAGAUGAGAUGAGAAGAAAUAUCAUUUCUUUCCUGGCAGCUUUUAACAUCAUUGCGACUUGUGUCUGGGAGCUGUUAGUUUAAAAAGAAAAAAUGUUUCCCAGUUGUGAAUAUAACAGGAAUAUUUGCAACCCAGAACGAUCGGAUUUUUUUGGAUUUGAAACUGGACCGGAUGAACGAUCUCUGAGCUGCUGUAUAUAGUUCGUUGCACUUUAUGUUGCACUUAAAAUGGGGGGGCGGGCGGCUUGAUAACAGGUUUUUAAUCACAAAGUCACAAGACUUCAAUUUUCUUUUUAUAAACCGAGCUGUUAAAAGGGCUGCACUUUUGGCAAGAGGUUGCUAAGAGCCCGUUUCUUGUUUCAGGGGAGGGAGAGAGAAAGUAACCCUUCCGAGGAAUGUACCGUGCAGCCCGGAGAAUAUGCCAGGAGUUGAAGUUUUGGUUUUGUUUCUCCCCACCCACCC